UAAUCCACAGCUGCUAUUGCAGUGCCACCACCCAAAUCCCCACCGCCCCCGCACGAGUGGGAAUCCUGCAACUGGGUCCGUUUCCUUUUUUAAAAAAUUUACUGGGUCCGACCUCUUCGCAGAGCCGUUGCGUCACGCGCGGUUUUUUAUGGUAGAGAGAAACGACGCUAGGUCGUUCCUCUUCCUCGCCCCCUCUCCCGGUGCAUCAUAUUUGUCGAUUGUUUCCGUUGCACUCCUAGCUUACAAUUCUGUCAUCCUGUAGUCGAUGUCCCUCGAGCUGCCAUCCAGAAAGCUCUUCAGUCUUAUACUCGACCUGUUCGGAUUGCUGUCGACGCAUCUCGUUACGAUUGAGCCGUGCCUGCGGUGUCCCGGGCACUUGUGUCAUCUUUUUUCAGGUCUCUCUAGAGAACCUUCCUCGUGAACGCGUAAUGUCUCAAGGUUGAUAGUGUGGGGGUGUCAGCUUUUUCGUCCCUGGGAGCAUCGUUUGGAGCGUCAGCUGUGACUUCCUGUCGAGAUCCUUGGUAACCACUUUUAAUUGUUUUCGAAGUUUUGGUUGGUCAGCGGAUUUGCUCCCUCGAGGCGUCUGGUAGUGGUCCUUAUUGGGAGCCAGGAAUUUUUACGGAUGUUUCUAGAUGUGUGAAAGUCAAGAACAGGAUCAAAAGAAUUGAAACGGACAUUCCCAAUGUCAAGUUACAGCACAAUGCUUCAUCUUUCUCUCGUGCAUCGAUUCCCGACUACGUCGAUUCCAUGCAUACUCGAUGUGUGUAACGCUAAGUGGGCUUGACGACGUAGUUGGUUCAUGUAUUGUAGAAAAAUUGCUCUGCUGAUCUCGCUUGUCACACAUUGGAUGCAGUUCUGCAGGGCACUCCUCUUUGAGUAAACUAGAUCUAGGAUCUGUAGCAUAUGAAGAGUUGCGAUCGAACGAAUUGAGGGGCGCAAGUGUUAGGAAGGUCUAGGAGCGCAGUGGGCAGAUACAGAAGUUGUGGGGGAAGAUAGUGGAUACGAGAUGUGGGAGAUUUUAAGUUUCUCCAUACCCGCUGCACUCCUAAUACCUAUGCUAGGAGCUAUGUUCGCAGCGUGGUUCUUUUUGCAACAGAAUGCGAAGUCUAGCGAUAUUCGCAGGGCUGAACUCCAGCGACUCCAGCGUAAGGCAAUCGAGGAGCUCGAAAGGGCUGAAAGAGAGUUGGAAAACGACCACGCGCUUAACACAUGGGAUGGAUCACGUGGCAGAGGAGGAAAUUUCCGUACUAGAGGAGUACCAGGAUAUGGAUAUGCCGACAGGACUGAAAGAGAGUCGGAAAACGAUAAUGGGCGUAACAAGCAGGAUGAAUCUCGUGGCGAAGGAGUGAAUCGCAGUGCCACAGGAGCACCAGGGCAUGAGUACGGAAAGGACCGCGUUGGUUUUGGUGAUGUUGGAGGAUGGAGAGAUCUUGAGGUCGAUACUCCCAAAACUAAGCGAGCUGAAGUCAUGGAGUAUCGCAGGAGUAUCGUAGGAAACAACGAUGCACCUGAAACGGAGUUCAACCGUAGAAGUAAAGCCGAAAGUGAAGAUUACAUUGACAAGAAACACGAUGAGGUGAGAAGAGUAAAGGAUAAGCAGGAAUGGGAGAAGAGAAGGCCGGAUCUUGAAACUCAGGCAAGGAGAGAGGCGGAGGAAGAACGGAAGAGACAAUCAGCGGCAUCUGAAAAUGAGAAACGAAGGAGGUGGGUAAAUGAAGAUACCCAGGAGUCUGUGAGACAAACGCAAUCUUCGUCGACACCGAGAUGUGCCGUCUGUCAGAAGCCUACAAGAAGACGAUGCGCACGGUGCAAAGUUAGCAGUUACUGCUCUCGGGAAUGCCAAGUGAAGCACUGGAUCGAUGGGCACAAGUAUGAGUGUCAUGUGGCUGACACUAGCAUCAGCCCAAGAAGCUUCGGCGGCGACGACACUUUCUGAUUCAAUAUUCUCAGUAGCCGCACCAGCAACAUUUGUGAAUUUUAGGAAAGCGUAUCGAGAAGCGUUGCUGGGGUCCGAGGCGCAUCUUGCACGGAUUUCACAGCUUCACGUCCCCACUAACUUCUAAAAGCCUCCUCCUGUUAUUUGGUUGCAUUUAAACAAGAGCUAGGGCUAAGUGCAAGCUAGAGAGAUUAGCCUGUUGGCCUCUCGCUUCGAAGGAAAAAAGCAUCAACCGAUCCGCAUUGUACCUUCUACCAGAUAGUCCUCCCCAAAAGCAAUGGCUCAAAGUUCUUGAUGAUGAUCCGUUACUCCAGCGUAGUACAAGACGCAGAAAUUGCCCAUUGGACUUCAUGAAGCUGAACUGCACAGUCUCUCCUUUCGGUGCCAGACUGUCAGCCAGUUGGGACAUCGAUUCGGCACCGAAGGAGUUACUGAUUCUUGUCAUUGAAUUAGACAAUGUGAUUCAAGUACCCACAACCCCGAAACCAAACAUCAGUAAAAAGUGCGGUCAGAGGUAUUUCGGAGUGUAUAGGAUUGCGUUAAUCAGAAUCCUGUAAUAUAUCACUGAGGCGAUGUAGGUUCUGCGUCCGAACAGUUUUCAGCAGAUCUUCUCAUGACAUUCGAAUUCAACCGAAGAGUAGUGUUGGAUUGCUUGUAGUAUAUUUCCAUGGUCUACCAUCACUCAAUUGGGAUCAAUUAAGAACCUUUGUUUUGUGUCUUUUCCA